GGCGUCUCUUUUGGUGAUGCUUGAAUCAAUACGCCAGCGUUUCUUUGUAUCUUCUCCAAACUCCAUCACACUCUCUCUCUCUCUCUCUCUUGCUCGCUCGCUCGCUCGCUCGCUCUGUCUCUCUCUUCACCAUUUCUACUCUUAUUUCAAAGAUGAGUUUCUCAAAGAAAGAGUACGAGUUUUUGAAAGAGAUCGGUAUUGGCCCUCGCAAUCUGGGUUGUUACGUGAAUGGCGCGUGGAAGGGAAGUGGUCCUGUUGUCUCUUCUGUUAAUCCAGCUUACAAUCAGACAAUUGCCGAAGUUUUAGAAGCUUCAGCUCAAGAUUAUGAGGAAGGCAUGCAGGCUUGCUCCAAAGCAGCGAAGAUUUGGAUGCAAAUUCCUGCGCCAAAGAGAGGGGAAAUUGUUAGGCAGAUUGGUGAUGCAUUGAGAGCCAAACUCCAGCAACUUGGUCGGCUUGUGUCACUUGAGAUGGGAAAAAUACUUGCUGAGGGAAUAGGGGAGGUUCAAGAAAUUAUUGAUAUGUGUGACUUUGCUGUGGGGUUAAGCCGGCAACUUAAUGGAUUGAUCAUACCUUCAGAACGUCCAAAUCACAUGAUGUUGGAGAUGUGGAACCCUCUUGGAAUAGUUGGUGUAAUCACCGCUUUCAACUUCCCUUGUGCUGUUCUUGGAUGGAACGCAUGCAUUGCACUCGUCUGUGGCAAUUGUGUUGUUUGGAAAGGUGCUCCAUCUACACCUUUGGUUACCAUUGCUAUGACAAAGCUAGUGGCAGGGGUUCUAGAGAAGAACAAUUUACCAGGUGCAAUUUUUACUGCCUUUUGUGGUGGAGCGGAAAUUGGUCAAGCUAUAGCAAAAGAUACCCGCAUACCUCUGGUUUCAUUUACCGGAAGUUCAAAGGUGGGUCUAAUGGUUCAACAAACAGUAAAUCAGAGAUUUGGGAAAUGCCUGCUUGAACUAAGUGGCAAUAAUGCCAUAAUCGUCAUGGAUGAUGCUGACAUCCAACUUGCUGUCCGCUCUGUUUUGUUUGCUGCUGUUGGUACUGCUGGUCAGCGCUGCACAACAUGCCGUAGACUGAUUCUUCAUGAAAGUGUAUAUCAGACAGUACUUAACCAACUACUUGAUGUAUACAAACAAGUUAAAAUAGGGGAUCCUUUAGAGAAAGGUACCUUACUUGGGCCACUGCAUACACGUGCUUCAAGGGAGAAUUUUGAGAAGGGCAUAAGGAUCAUCAAAUCUCAGGGAGGGAAGAUCCUUACAGGUGGUUCCAUCAUAGAGUCUGAAGGGAACUUUGUGCAGCCCACAAUAGUUGAAAUUUCUUCAAAUGCCGAUGUUGUAAAAGAAGAGUUGUUUGGUCCAGUCCUUUAUGUUAUGAAAUUUCAGACUCUCAAGGAAGCAAUUGAAAUAAAUAACUCUGUACCUCAAGGAUUAAGUAGUUCUAUCUUCACUCGUAUGCCUGAAGUAAUUUUCAAAUGGAUUGGGCCUCAAGGAAGUGACUGUGGUAUAGUGAAUGUAAAUAUACCAACCAAUGGUGCUGAAAUUGGUGGUGCUUUUGGUGGUGAAAAGGCUACAGGGGGUGGCCGUGAGGCUGGAAGUGACUCUUGGAAACAGUAUAUGAGACGUGCAACUUGUACAAUAAAUUAUGGGAAUGAAUUGCCACUGGCACAAGGAAUCAGCUUCUGCUAGAGAAUCUACAGCACUUCUGGGAAAUUAAAAUUUCCUGCUUUGUUGCUUUGAGCUGUUCUUAAGAAAGUGUGAGGUUGUUCGGAUUGUUCUUAAGAUGGCAUCUGGGCUAUGAUUUCUCAUGUUAGACAGGAUUUUCUCUGUUUCUCUCUCUAUGGGAUAGUAAACAAUGAAUAAAGCAACUUAACUGUUACUUUUGUCUGGUGCAUGGUUUAUGUAUUUGCUCUAGACUCGUAAUCCUAAGAUUAAUUGGAAGAACAAUCUGGUAAUAAGUAUAUUUCUGCAGCGAAUUGUGGUUCCAGCAGCACCAUUCGACUCUGUCAGCCAAUGAAUGCUUAGGUUCAUGGGUUCAUCCAUCCCUUUAUGUUCUUGCGUCAACUCAGUGAUGCACACAAUGAGGUUUUGAUUUCCUGAAAUUUUACGUUGUAGCCUUUGAGGGCUAACAAGAGGCGGUUUCCAUGAACUACAAUUCGCGAUUGCUUAGAGGAUUAGAACUCCAGGUUGGCUGAAAGAGAUUUUUAGCAUUAUAAAAGGAACUGUCUUUGUCUUUGAAAAUGAUUGAUGGUUACGCAGUCCUAAACAAACAAAACCUAAGCACCCAAACCCUGCUGGAGCAAACUCCUAAGCUCCUCUACUCCACCCAA